AUGAGCUUCCUCCAUCAGGAACGUGCUUCUGUCAAUUCUUUGAAGAAAAAGGUGCUGAAGGAGGAUUGCCAGCUCUUCUUCAAACUGCCAGAGCAGAAACAAGUGCUGAGUAAACAUGAGAAUGUGUUCAAAGAGGAGCUAGGCACCCUGCAAGGAACAAAGGCCACCAUCCAUGUAAAAGCUAACGCUGUCCCAAGAUCUUUCCGUCCCAGGUCUGUACCUUACGCCAUGCGGGCAAAAGUGGAUGAAGAAAUAGACAGACUGUUGGAAGAAGGCAUAAUCACACCAGUGAAAUAGGCAGAAUGGGCAGCACCGGUUGUGCCGAUUCUGAAACCUGUUGGAACUGUAAGAUUAUGUGGAGACUACAAGCUCACUGUGAAUACAGUUUCCUCAUUGGAACAAUAUCCUAUACCCAGAGUAGAGGACCUGUUUGCCGCCAUGGCAGGGGGAAAACAGUUCUCCAAGUUGGAUAUGAGUCACGCGUACCAGCAGAUACUCAUGGAUGAUGAGUCAAAAAAAUAUUUGACAGUGAACACACAUCGAGGAUUGUUCACGUACAACAGACUACCUUUUGGGGUUGCUUCCGCACCAGCCAUAUUCCAGAGGACCAUGGAGGGGCUAUUGCGGGGGAUUCCACUGGUGGCAGUGUACCUGGAUGACAUCCUGGUGACUGGAGUUGAUGAGGCAGAUCAUCUGGAGAACCUCACGGCAGUGUUGACAAGGUUAGAAGAGGCAGGGUUGCGCUUAAGGAGAAAUAAGUGCACUUUCCUGCAAGAAGAAGUGGAGUAUCUGGGACACAGAGUGGACGCACAGGGGCUUCACCCUGUGACGAAGAAAGUGAAAGCCAUCAUGGAAGCUCCCACUCCCACAAAUGUGACUGAACUUAAGUCAUACUUAGGUUUGCUAAAUUACUACAAUAAAUUCCUUCCCAACUUGUCAACCCUGUUAGCUCCACUGCAUGAACUGUUACGACAAGAUGUGAGCUGGGCGUGGCAAAAGAAGCAGGAAGAAGCAUUCAACAAAUCUAAGGCCCUGCUUAACUCAGCAGAAGCCUUUAUUAUCUACACUGAUCAUAAGCCGUUGAUCUCUCUCUUUAACGAGAAAAAGCCCAUUCCACAAAUGGGUUCCCCGAGAGUGCAAAGAUGGGCUGUGCAUCUCAGUGCCUAUGAGUACAAAAUUGUGUACAAACCAGGAAAAAACAACGCCAAUGCUGACGCGUUGAGUAGACUGCCUAUGUCAGAAACGGUGCAAGACAAUGCGGCAAAAGAGCAAGUCUUGAUGAUGGAUCUGCUGGAUGAUAAGCUAGUGGACACAAACCAGAUAAAGCGCUGGACAGCUAAGGAUGUGAUUUUGUCCCAAAUUCAUGAAUAUGUCCUGAAAGGUUGGCCUACAAAGACGGAUGCUCACCUCAAGCCAUAUCACCAAAGGAGAUUGGAAUUGAGUGUAAAAGACGGCUGUGUUCUCUGGGGAGCCAGAGUAAUCAUACCUACAAAGGGCAGAGACAGGAUACUGCAACUACUUCACCAGGCACACUCUGGCAUGUCAAGAAUGAAAGGUCUUGCUAGAUCUUAUGUGUGAUGGCCAGGUAUGGAUCAGGAUGUGGAAAAGCAAGUGCAGUCGUGUGAGGAGUGUCACAAACACCAAAAAGCUCCUCCCACUGCACCAUUACACCCAUGGAAGUGGCCAGAAUCACCAUGGUCAAGAAUUCAUGUGGACUAUGCGGGGCCUUUCCUGGGAGAAAUGUUCUUGAUUAUAGUGGAUGCUCACUCAAAGUGGAUGGACAUCUACCUGAUGAAGUUGUCCACAUCUCAGGCUACCAUAGAGAAACUGCGACAGAGUUUCAGUGUGUUUGGUCUACCAAAAAUGUUGGUAUCGGACAAUGGUGCCUGUUUCACAAGCUCAGAGUUUGAGUCCUUCAUGGAGCAGAAUGGCAUCCGUCAUGUGAGGUCAGCGCCAUUUCACCCAUCCUCCAAUGGUUUGGCGGAGAGGGCAGUGCAGACCUUCAAGGGGGGGAUGAAGAAGAUGAAGGGUGAUACGUUGCAAACCAGGUUGUCAAGAUUUCUGUUCAGUUAUCGCAUCACACCCCAUGCAACCACAGGCUUGUCACCUGCAGAACUCAUGAUGUCCCGGAGACUCAGAUCAACUUUUGACCUUCUCCUGCCAGAUGUGAAAUCAAAAGUGCAGCAAAAGCAGCUGAAACAGAAACAGACUCACAAAACAACAAAUAGAAAAGUGAGGAGUUUCCUGCCUGGGGAUAAUGUGUUUGUUAGGAACUAUUCUUUUGGGCCUAAGUGGAUCCCGGGUGUCAUUCAGAGCUCAUCAGGCCCAGUGUCGUAUACAGUGAUCGUUGGAAGUGGUCAAACCAUGAAAAGGCACGUGGACCAAGUGAGAGCUAGACUGGCUGACACUGUUCCCAGUAUUGAGUCUGAGAAUGAAGAGGAGACUGUGUUGGACACCGAUGGAGGUUUUCUGGGGCCCUUGCCUACGAGUUUGGAAGACAGAGGAGAACCUCCUCCUGUUGCGCCACCAGAUCUUCAGUUGGCUUCAGAUCCUCAGGUCCAACCGGACUUGCCUGUUGUACCGGUAGUGCGACGCUCCGAGCGAGAGAGACGCUCACCUGAGCACCUCAAAGACUUUGUUAGAUAGAGUGAGAUCUGUUCCAGGAAUAGAGCAACAAUGCGCUCUGAUAUCACUGGAAGGACGAACCUU